GUUUUAAAAAGGACUCCAGGUUAGAAUCAUAUAAUUCUUGGCCGCCAUAAUUCUACUAUUGCGUGACUUACAUCGAUUACACUAUUACACACUCUAUCAAAGCGAGUUUCGAUACAUUCGAUAAUCGAUAAUAUUUCAAGCAUACAGUUGUGCAAUUUAUAUAGUUGAUUAAUAAAAAGCAGAUUUUAUCUCUGACAGUUAUAGAAUUUAUCAAGAAAUAUCAAUUUUUCACUACAGUGCAUCAUGUACUCUAAGAGUAAUUCUGCAAGAACAUCAUCUAUGUAAUAUGGAAGACUGUCAUACUUUUCGAAUAUAAAAAUAAUUUAGGAUAAAUCAUUAUAUAGAAUAAACAUAUAAUGGAAAGUGCAGCUGCUUCGAUUUUAAAGCGAGCAGUAGAAAUGGACAAGAAUGAACAGUAUACAUUGGCUUUUGUAAUGUAUCAAGAAGGCGUGAAGAUGCUUCUUGAUUCCAUGAAAGAAACAAAGGAGCGGACUAGGCAAAAACAUUUUGCUACCAAAGCAUCAGAAUAUUUAGAUAGAGCGGAAAAGUUGAAGGAUUUAAUUGACAACAAAAAGGCUUCUGGAAUAUACAGGGAAUUCAGUAAAAUUGAAAAUGGUAGUACAGGGCAUGGUUAUGCUUCUGUGUUUGGCAGAUUCUUAGAUGCGACAGUUACAUAUGUUCACAUUGAGGAUCCAUAUAUAAGAACAUUUCAUCAGUGUCAAAAUUUUGUGAGGCUAUGCGAAUUACUUGUGACAAAAUGUUGCGCAUUGUCAAAAAUAUCAUUAGUUACAACUCUUGAUACACAGGAUAAGAAUCAAAUAGCAAGAUUGCAAGAGUUGAAACAGAGUUUAGCAUCUCAUCUAAUUAGCUUUGAAUUUAUAUUUUCUGACACUUUACAUGACAGACAAAUAUUACUCAGUAAUGGUUGGGUAAUUAAGAUAGGACGUGGCUUAGACUAUUUUAAACCAUCCAAUGGAAAGUUUGCACUGGGUGCUUGUGACCUUGAAUUAAGACCUUGUCUAGAAACAACCGUAGACAUAUUUCACAGAAGUCAAUUAAAAAAUGAUGAUACAUAGCAAAUUAAAUUCGAUCGAUUUGGAAAUAAACAAAACAUUUUGAUGUGAUCAUUUCAUUAAAAUAUUAUACAUACAAUUUUUACGUCAUAAUGUAGCAUAUAUUUUUAUUUACACUUUUACUGUACGAUCUACGAUGUACUUAAACUAUCA